AUGGAAAAUUGCCGGGGGCAGGGCACCUCUGCGGUGAACAGCCGGCCAGUGCGCUGUACACACACCCAUCUAACCCCGUUGAGUACGGAAAGCCCCGCGAAGUAUGUGAACUUCAUCCUCCGCCUUCUCGCCCUUGUCUCCUCCCUCACGGCAACCAUCCUCAUGUCCGAUGCCAGAAGCACCCAUUCCAAAUUCACCGUCAAGCCUGACGGAGAUAAUGACUUCGAGUAUCGCCUCCCCUCCCCCUCCCUCUCUUUCUCUCUCUCUCUCUCUCUCUCUCUCUCUCUCUCUUCCCUGAUCGCGCCGCCGGGAUGGAAUUGUUGCAGGUACUUUGUCAUCGUCCAUAUCGUAGCGGCCAUCUAUUCGGCGGGGUCUAUGGUACUGUGGGCGUUCGACAAAUGCGAGACUAAGAAACUGGUGGUUGGCAUCGCGCUGUUCGACGUGGCGGUGAUGGGGCUCCUCUUCUCCGCCAACGGCACCGCCAUACCCAUCGGCGGCGCCCUCAGGAUGGGCUCCGGGGAGCAUUACGACCAGGAGUGCAAAGUCUCCUGCAGGUUCUGCGGGCUCGUCGCCGCCGCCGCCGCAACGUCCAUGCUCACCGCCGUCACCUACCUCCUUCUCUCUCUCUUCGCCUACUACCAAAAUCGCAAAUAAUUGCCUACAUAUGGAAACUGAAAAAAUUAUCUUUUUAUGGCAAACUCUUUUCGAAAUAAUCGACUUCUCCACCUCCUAGUUCGUUGGGAUUCUAGGACUAGUUUGGGUACAUCUGUCCGUUGGCCAUCUAACUUCAGGCCCGUUCAAGGACCAGGUCAGAGUCCAGGCCAAACCGUGGGCCGGUCGACUGUUUAGAUGAGUGGAAGAUGCCGUUGGGGGUGAUUCAUGCUGUUCUUUCCUUGUUAAGCACACAAAUGACCAGAAAAUGGUUGACUUCUCGAACAUUCUUUUUCUUUGACGCCGAAGUCAACGAAACUUUGGAUACGAAGCGUGGGAUCUUCCCUCGCCCCAUCGCGCUUUCCCAGGGACGACUGCCGCCAUUACAAGGCGGUUUACUUGUCUUCAGCGGGACAAAUCGUCAGAAGUAAACCAUCCUAAGAAGCUCGGCGGUGCCAAGAUGUCGUCGAGGCCGCCUGCUGCGCGCAGUGGGAGAAGGAAUAACCACCACCCCAAGGUCUCAACACUCUCUCUCUCUCAAGUUUCCAAAUCAGGGACAUGCUGGUUGGACUGACGGCGGCGGCCAUGAAAACUUCCUCAUUCCAGCGUUGAAAACUUGCUACGAUGACAGUCGAUCCGGGCGUUCAGUCAACCGGGUUGAUCUUCCGUCCGAUUGCAGAUACUUUGUCGCGAUGGACGUGAACCCGGUUCCGGCAACAGGGAAGGCAACAUGGUCGCCCGUAAAUCGUUAAUUAACUGUAAAUAGUUAAACAACAAUAGUCAAAACCACGACUUUCCUGCCGUUCUGCUUCGGCCCUAUUACAAGGAAAGUCAACAUCCUAAGAUUCAACGUCCCUGUGGACCCCCUGGAAAGCGACAGCUCUCUGAAACCCCUUGACAAUCGGAACAUGGCGGAGCACCACCCCCCCCGCUGACCGGUGGCGAGUCAAAAAGUUUCCCAACGAUCUCUGACUGCACGGACCGCUGCUAAGAGGCGGCAGCCGCAGCGAUGCCAGUCGCCGGAGAGACCGUACGGCCACGGUGGCGAUCUCCGGCGAGGAUAGACUCAUCUCUCUCUCUCUCUCUCAAGGAAGAAACGGGAGCAGAAUCAGGCUCUAAAUGGAAAUCUGAGAGAGGAGGAAGAAGGGGGAAGGAGGCUGUAAAUGCCGCCUUCCGGUGGGAAUCGGAACACAUGGGCGGGGUUUGGUGCAGAAUGGAGUCUGUAAUAAUGGAAAAAAGGGAGGAGAACUGGUAGUGAAAUCUGACGAGGAGCAGAGGAUGGCGCAGAGGGAAGAGGAGGCGGCUCUCCUGGGUCUACGGCUAUCCUUUUCCUCCCAGAAAAUGUCGGCUCGAGGCUCAGAUAAUGAGCAACCCCCCCUCCUCCCCCUCUCUGACAGCCAUCAUCGCCCCCCCACAACGAGGAAGACGACCAUCUCAAUCAUUUCUUCGUAUCAUCUGUUUCUCUUUCUCUUUCUCUUCGUCGUCCGCUCCCUCUCUCUCUCGCUCCUACUCUAUCUCUGUGAGCGCCGCCAUGAAGGGGAGACGCUGCCUGGCGACCGUCGUGUCCACGACAGUUCCGACGACUCGCCGUCCGCCCCAGAAGUGCGAGCGCCGCCUGGAGGGAGGCGGCAGGGAGACGGUGUGCAUGGAGAGAAGCAGGAGGGAGAAGAUGAACGAACUCUACGCAGUGCUCCAGUCCGUCGUUCCCAACCUAUUCCCCAAGGUACACAAUCCCCUCCUCCCCAUCAGACGUCUCUCUCUCUCUCUCUCUCUCUGAAGCAGCAGCAGCAGCAGAAGAAGAAGACUGAAUGGAAGGCGUCGCUUCGAAAACUUUUCUUCUUCUGCUUCUUCUUCCUCCUCCACAUUAUAGUAGAAGUUGGCUGCAUGAUUUCACCAGCCCGAAGCUGACGAUCUCCUGCCUCUCUCUCUCUCUCUCUCUCUCUCUCUCUCUCUCUCUCUCUCUCUGUGUCUCUUGCAGGCGCCGAGGGCGAGGAUCGUGGACGAGACGAUCAACUACAUCGAGGAACUGGAGGGGACGAUCAGAGAGAUGGAGGCCGCGAAGAAAGCCAAGAAGAAGGCCAGAAUGAGCGGCGGGGGGUCCUCCGUCGCCGUGAUGGUCUCCGGGAAGAUGGCGUUCUUCGGUGUAACCUCCACGUGGCGGCCAGGGCUGGCGGCGCAGAUCCUGCAGGUGUUCGACAGGCACAACGCCGAGGUUCUCGCCGCCACUGCCACCUGCGGCGGCGGCGGCGCCGCCGAAGGGCGGAGCAUGAGCGUAAGUGUCACCGUGACCACUGACGAGGCAGCCGUUGAAGCCAUAGAGGCGGAGUUGACCCUCAUGCUUUCAUAG